AUGGAAGGACUCUUCACUCUGCUCGCUUUGAGCAUUGUGAUGGCAGUGACGUCCUUUGUUGUCGGCUCAUUACCUCUUGCCUUUACACUAUCCCCCUCCCAGCUACGAUUAAUCUCCUCGAUUGGUAUGGGAGUGCUGGUUGGUACAUCUUUGAUUGUUAUUAUACCCGAGGGCAUUGAGACCCUCUACAGCGCCAGUUCUGUCAGCCGGAAAAGUUUCGGCGCCCGCGCAACCAACGUCGACUGGUCCUCGCAGGGGCUAGUCUCUAACCAAAUAUUGAAUGAAGAUGGUGAUGCAUCAAGCGUGCCGUCUAGUACACCGGUGUCUUUCCUCGAACUCGACGGUGAACGAGCAUUGCCCCUCGUCAGCAGGGACGCAGCUUUGGAGGAAUUGCAUGCGCUGAACGCACGCAAGGACGAGACCUCGAGUGAAAAGCAAAAGGAAGAGAAAGAACAUCAGGAGGAAGAGAGCUCCCCGCAUGCAUGGAUCGGCAUUGCGCUCAUCAGCGGAUUCAUUUUGAUGUACCUCGUCGACAAAAUUCCCGAAUUCGCUUCUCCGACCAAACCUGAUCGACAGCCCUAUCACAUCUCUCUCGAUAACCUCGGGUCCGGCCUUCGGCGUAGUUCCUCCCCUAUUCGCAAUGGUGGCCUCCUCGAUGCAGGCCACUCGAGUUCUCGGCGCAGCCACAGCUUCGCAACCACGACAGGCUUGGUGAUUCAUGCGGCCGCGGAUGGUAUUGCAUUGGGAGCAUCCAGCACCGAUACUGGGCUAAGCUUCAUUAUCUUCCUGGCCAUUAUGGUGCACAAGGCACCCGCGUCCUUCGGCCUGACAUCAAUCCUAUUAAAGCAGGGGUUGUCGAGCCGUACGGCGAGGGCGCAUUUACUAGUGUUUAGUCUGGCGGCCCCCGUCGGUGCAUUGGCCACUUUCCUCUUUGCGCAUAUGGUUGGGUCUUCCAGCGGCGACCAGGCUGGCUCUCAGUGGCGGACUGGCAUGCUUUUGCUUUUCUCCGGCGGUACUUUCUUGUAUGUUGCUAUGCACACGAUGCAAGAGAAUGGCCCGGGCUCGAGCUCGCGAGAGGUGUCCGGCAAUGGUUACGGAGACUCUCGUGACUCGCAAAAUGGCUCGGACAAGUCGAUGCGCGACUUGAUUGCGUCCGUGGUGGGCAUGGUCUUGCCGCUCUUCUUGCAGAUUGGACAUGCUCAUUAA